GUUGUGCAAUCCAGCCCCCUCCCCGACCCCCUCCCUGAGGGGAUUUUCGAGGAGGGCUGAGCUCACAGCCAGCCGGCACCCCUGCCCCCCCCACCCCGGGGGCUGGGCCAAGGUAUAAAUAGGGGUGGUGGCUGCAGGCGGCAGCAAGCACCACCAUGCUCACCCUAGAGGCUGCACAGCUCGACGGGCCACACUUCAGCUGUCUGUACCCGGAUGGGGUCUUCUACGAUCUGGACAGCUGCAAACACUCCAGCUACCCCGACUCAGAGGGGGCGCCUGACCUGUGGAGCUACGGCCUCAGCCCCGCAGUCCCAGCCGCCUCCUAUGAAACCUUUGACCCGGCUGUGGCCACCUUUGGCCACCCCCAGGGUGUCCAGCUCUGCUACGGCCCCUCAACCUACAGCCCCGUGGGGAACCUGGACCCGGCCCCCAGCCUGGAGGCCCCGGGACCCGGCUUCCCAGCGUACCCCACGGAAGACUUCACGAGCCAGACCCUGGGCCCCCCGGCGUACGCUCCCUACCCCAGCCCCGUGCUCUCAGAGGAGGAGGACCUCCUGUUGGACAGUCCUGCCCUGGAGGUCUCGGACAGCGAGUCGGAUGAGGUCCUCGUGGCUGGCCCCGAAGGCAGGGGAUCUGAGGCAGGGGCCCGCAAGAAGCUGCGCCUGUACCAGUUCCUGCUGGGGCUGCUGACGCGCGGAGACAUGCGCGAGUGCGUGUGGUGGGUGGAGCCGGGCGCCGGGGUCUUCCAAUUCUCCUCGAAGCACAAGGAGCUCCUGGCGCGCCGCUGGGGCCAGCAGAAGGGCAACCGCAAGCGCAUGACCUACCAGAAGCUGGCGCGCGCCCUGCGCAACUACGCCAAGACCGGCGAGAUCCGCAAGGUCAAGCGCAAGCUCACCUACCAGUUUGACAGUGCGCUGCUGCCCGCCGCCCGCCGGGCCUGAGCCCAGGGCGGCCUCUCGGGGGCCCUCAGGGGCUCCACGCCUGUGUCUCGUGGGCGUCCCCGCACCCUGGGUCAUAGGGCCCAUGGACCCCCCCCACACUGGUGCGGGGGGCGGGCUGCUGCCACAAUCCCUAAGCCCAGCCCGGGGCCCCUCUGGGAUCCCCCCCCCCCAUCGUGUCUGGGGCCUCUUUGGGAGUCCCUUGUCAUGUCCAGGGGCCCCAAGAUCUUCCUGUCUUGGGUCAGAAGACCUGGAGACGACUAUGCUACGUGUCUGUGUAGAGGGGCGGGGCAGGGCAAAGUGCUUCCAGAAUCCCAGGAACUUCUCUGGGAUCCCCUUGUGAUGCCUGUGAUCCCUCAAAUCUCAUCUAGGGGCGGGUGAACCUAGAGAUCAUCACACCAGAAGGAGGGCUCUGCCUGCAGCCCUAAGCCCUAUCCAGGGUCUCUCUGGGAUCCCCUCUCAUGUCUGAGUCCCUCUUGUCAAAUCUGGGAUCUCCUAGUUAUGUCUGGGUCCCUGGGGUAGAGUGGGGGACCGUUUGCAUGCGUGUCUCUAUGCCCGUCUGUGACUCUCUCGUUCUAUCUGUGCCUCCAAAUUCCUUUGUCAUCUUUGAGAUCCCCUAAUUCUCUGGAACCACCCUGCUGUCACUUUUCAAUGUCUGAAAAUCUCCAAUCACAU